GGGAGGGAGGGAAAGAGGCAGCCCAGCCGGCUGGCUGGCCGGUGCUGUUGGAACAGCUACUUUUUCUUUGCUUCAUCCCUGCCCCUCCUUCCCCCCCCCCCCCCCCCCCCCCCUUUUUUUUUCCCUUUUUUGUUGCUUAUUCGGCUUCGCACUUGGGGGGCAGUGCGUAAGGCGUGAGGGACCUAGACUAAAGCGACGCCCGAACAGCCCAGCGGGAGCCUAGGCCUGGGCUGCAGUCUCAAAAUUAGGAUGUCUCGACAUGAAGGUGUCAGCUGUGAUGCAUGUUUAAAAGGAAAUUUUCGAGGUCGCAGAUACAAGUGUUUAAUUUGCUACGAUUAUGAUUUGUGUGCAACUUGUUAUGAAAGUGGUGCAACAACAACGAGGCAUACAACUGACCAUCCAAUGCAGUGCAUACUAACAAGAGUAGAUUUCGAUUUGUAUUAUGGUGGAGAAGCUUUCUCUGUAGAGCAGCCACAGUCUUUUACUUGUCCUUAUUGUGGAAAGAUGGGUUAUACGGAAACAUCGCUUCAAGAACAUGUUGCUUCUGAACAUGCAGAAACAUCAACAGAGGUGAUCUGUCCAAUAUGUGCAGCAUUACCUGGAGGGGAUCCUAAUCAUGUCACAGAUGACUUUGCAGCUCAUCUUACACUGGAACACAGGGCUCCUAGAGAUUUAGAUGAAUCUAGUGGCGUUCGUCAUGUACGUAGAAUGUUUCACCCAGGCCGGGGUUUGGGAGGCCCCCGUGCACGUAGAUCAAACAUGCAUUUUACUAGCAGUUCCACUGGUGGGCUUUCAUCUUCUCAGAGUUCAUAUUCUCCAAGCAAUAGAGAAACCAUGGAUCCUAUAGCUGAGCUUUUAUCUCAGUUAUCAGGCGUGAGACGUUCUGCAGGGCAGCUCAGUUCUUCUGGCCCUUCUGCUUCUCAGUUACAGCAGCUGCAGAUGCAACUGCAGCUGGAGCGACAGCAUGCACAAGCAGCAAGACAACAACUGGAGACUGCACGCAAUGCGACUAGACGCACUAACACGAGCAGCAUCCCCACCACUCUUACACAAUCUAUAGCAGCAACCAAUACAUCUAACACAGAAAGCAAUCAGCAGACUAUACAGAAUUCCCAGUUUCUUCUUACAAGGUUGAAUGAUCCUAAGAUGUCAGAAGCAGAGCGUCAAUCAAAGGAAAGCGAACGGGCAGACCGCAGCUUGUUUGUUCAGGAGCUUCUACUGUCCACUUUGAUGCGGGAAGAAAGUUCCUCCUCAGAUGAGGAUGAACGGAGAGAGAUUGCUGAUUUUGGUGCUAUGGGCUGUGUAGAUAUUAUGCCUCUAGAUGUUGCUUUAGAAAACCUAAAUUUAAAAGAGAAUAAUAAAGGAAAUGAGCCUCCUCUUUGAUGACAUCCCACUUUACAGACAAUGUCCUCUGUGCUGUAUUUGCCAAUGAAAGUGGACAACAACUAUCUUGGGUUUGUUUUGGUGAUUGUAAUUCCAGGUCUGUCACUCUUGUUACAUUGUGUACAUUCAAAGGAAGAGAGAAAAGAUAUAUACGAUAAUCAUUUCCACUUAACCAAUUUUUACUUUUAGCAGGUAAAUAUAGGUUGCAGUGCGGAGAAAACAGCUCUGCAUCCUGUAGCUUGACGUGCAAAAAGCUCUCCUAAUACUCCACAUUCAAACUGAAGAGGAAAAAAUGAAAAAUCUCCAAUGAAGCUGCUGUGUGUAUUUAUGAAUAUUAAUAAAUAAAAAUUGCUUGGAUGGUUUACCUUAA